GUUCCAAUUGCGCACCAAUACUGUCUUCCAACUGAUGUGAUUUGACUAUUGACGGCAAAUACAAUAAGAUCAUGAAGGAGUGGCUGAAGAUAUCCUGCUUGCUUUGCGUAUUCGGUUUUGUACGCGAAAUACGACCUUCGGAGCCGUACGUUACAGAAUAUCUACUGGGACCUUGGCGCAAUAUCACUGAGGAUCAGCUUACUCAAGAUGUCUAUCCCGUAGGCACAUAUUCCCAUCUCGUGCAAUUAGUUUUUGUCUUUCUUAUAACGGAUUUUUUACGUUACAAACCACUUAUUGUUACAAUUGGAGCCGCUGGAGUAAUAAUUUGGAGCAUGCUUUUAUGGACAACUAGCUUAUUGGCCCUACAAAUACUGGAAUUUUUCUACGGCACCUAUAUGGCGGCCGAGGUGGCUUACUAUACGUAUAUCUACGCCAAGGUUGAAAAGAAAUAUUAUCCGCGAGUCACUUCCCAUACACGAGCGGCUAUGUUUGCUGGCAAAUUAGUCUCUGGUAUCACAUCACAAAUUCUGAUCAAUUUAGAGCUGAUGAAUUAUAAGGAUCUAAACUACAUAACGUUGACUACUCAAAUCAUUGCCAUGGUUUGGGCCUUUGGGUUGCCCAAAGUCGAUAAAAGUUUAUACUUUCAUCGCAAGCCCAAAACCGACGAAGAGGAUACACAAUCUGCGGUCGUCAACUCACAGUUCCAGUCUGGAGAAUUACAAUCAAAUCAGCCCCUAGCCAAUGCAGGUCCAAUGCAACUGUUGUGGCUGCAUUUUUACAAUGCCUACACAAAUCCCCGGGUAUUACAGUGGAGCUUGUGGUAUGCCAUUGGUCUGGCUGGAUAUCUUCAAGUUUCUUACUAUAUGCAGGUGCUAUGGAAGGUCAUCGAGCCGGAGCCAUCGAUCGCCUGGAAUGGUGCUGUUGAUGCGGUUCUUACCGCCUUAGCUGCCUCUUGUGCCCUGAUCGCAGGAUAUGUCCGCCUCAAGCCCCUCGCCAGUCUGUUUGUCUUGGCCGUACUGUCAAUUCUGGAAGGUGGCAGUGUUCUGCUCUGCUGCUGGACCCACAAUAUUUAUUGGUCAUAUGUGGGCUUUGUGCUAUUUGGUGCGCUCUAUGGUUUUACGAUUACAGUGGCCAGCGCCGAAGUGGCACGCAAUUUGCAGGAGGAUAGCUUUGGCCUAGUCUUCGGAUUCAAUACACUUAUAGCUUUAGUUUUUCAAUCACUACUAACGAUUAUCGUUAUUUCCGAAUCGGGGUUCGCUCUCGACGCUGUGGGCCAAUACACUGUCUAUGCCUUUUAUUUUAUUGCUGUGGGCAUGAUUUAUUUCAUAUCCGUUGUUCUCGAGUAUUUUUGGAAACGUGGUCGAAAUGACAAAAAAAUGUCCGCCAUACUGGAUUAGUGUUAAAGGAGCAAUUUGUAUUUGAAUGUAAAAAGUAGUUUUAGUUUGAGCGUUCCUAUUAGCAUUUAGCGUAUUUAUGAUACGAGCUACAAACCUUUAAGUGAUAAAAUCAGCACAACAUUUUGGCAGCAAUACUUAAGCUAUGGUCAUACUGGCAAAUGAUUUGCACAAAAACUGUAUUAAGCUAAUAAAAAUUCCUUAUUUAUAUGUAUAUAGCUUUCUAAUACGGCCCAUUUUUUUGAGAAUUAGAAAAUGAGAAAAAUAUAUCAAUUUGUGUGCACAUUAUUUGCAUGUCUGAUUGUAACUAUAGUGAGUUAGUUAGAUCAACUAUGGCGUAGUUACUUAUGAGAACAUUGCAACAUUACUUACUGAUUUAGAAUUAGAGAAAGUCUAUAAAUAAUUACCAACAAAAGCUCACAGAAUGCUUGUCGGAAAAAAUAUUUAAAAAAUGUAAUAUGCACGUAUAUAACAAACCUUUUCAAGCACAGUCUCUCAUUUAAUUUUAGAUUAAAUCGGCCGAUUGAAAAUAUUACUCAAAAAUAAAUAUGUUAAUUAAAUUUUCCAUCGCAUGUUAAUUUUCUAUGUAUCUUAAUUUUAUUAAAUUUUUUGUUAAAUAAAUUCAACUAUUUUUCAACAUCUACACCAUA